ACUUGGUGGACAGAGCUGAUCUCUUUGACUCUUGGACCUUCCCCAGGUGCCGUGGUGUUGGACUGCGUGGACAUGGCACCCUCUGCAGGUAAAGUGACUCCUAAAGACGCUCGGCUCGUGGAGGAGCUGGAGAGUCGUUUCCCUGCUCUGCCACCGAGAGGCGCUCUCUUCCAGAGUCUGCACAACGCCAAGUUUGACGUCUCAGGUCUGAACACUGAACAGAUGUUGUUGAAGGACAUGAAAUCUGUUUCAGGAAGUUUAAAUCUCGCCAUCUCUGUUGUGUACCUCAAGAUGGAGGACUUCCUGCAGAGGGCGGAGUUGGAGGCGGAGCUGUCCGGCUUCUGUUUGAAGUUUGGCUUCGACCUGCUGCUGCUGAUGACCAUCUCCUUCACUGAGAGCAAAGAGCCAAUCAGAGAGCUUGCUGUGUUCAGCCACAGCACCACCUGCAGAGAGGAGGUGAGCCUUUACCUGGAACAGGCCCAGAAACCCGCCCUUAAAACCUUUGUUCAAUCAGCAGCCCCCAUCCUCACAUCACAGCCUAUAAGCAAGUCUUAG